AUGGGAUUGGGGAUUGAAUUUGCCUCCAGAAUAUUUUCUAGAGUCCCAAAAUUUUUCCCUGCACUCACAAUAGCCAAUAGUGGAAUGGCGGAAGUGAACGAAGAAGUCAAAUCCUUUAAAGAUCUCGGAGUAUGCGAUCAAUUGGUGGAGGCUUGCGAUAAUUUGGGGUGGAAAAACCCAUCGAAGAUACAAGCUGAAGCCAUUCCUCAUGCACUGGAAGGGAAGGACCUGAUUGGGCUUGCACAAACAGGUUCCGGUAAAACUGGGGCUUUUGCAAUCCCCAUACUCCAAGCUCUUUUGGAGACUCCACAAGCAUUCUUUGCCUGUGUGCUUUCUCCAACACGGGAGCUAGCGAUUCAGAUUGCUGAACAAUUUGAAGCUUUGGGAUCUGGCAUUGGUGUGAAAUGCGCAGUGCUUGUUGGAGGCAUAGAUCAUGUGCAACAGGGUAUUGCCCUUGGAAAGCGGCCACACAUAGUUGUUGCAACACCUGGCCGCCUAGUGGAUCAUCUGUCCAAUACCAAAGGUUUUUCUCUUCGGCCAGCAAAAUACUUGGUAUUAGAUGAGGCCGAUAGGUUGCUGAAUGAAGAUUUUGAGAAAGCAAUUGAUGAAAUUUUGAAUGUUAUUCCUCGCGAACGGAAAACUUAUUUGUUUUCUGCUACUAUGACAAAAAAGGUACGGAAGCUCCAAAGGGCUUGUCUGAAGAAUCCUGUGAAGGCAUGA